CAGAUCUCUGAGGACCAGGAGCGAAUUGAACAGAGACAAAUUGAACGACAGAAAAAUAUCAAAGACUACUGUGGAAGACACGUUGGAAAGAGCAAACAAGGCGAGACUAUGUCCAGAGAGCUUCUGGGUCAUUUAAUCGUUAACGACAAGUAUAAAGUUAUCUACUGCUAUAUUCCCAAGGUUGCCUGUUCUCAAUGGAAGCGUGUCUUUCUUGAUCUUGAAAACCGAGCCAAGGUGAGAGAUGAACACUCUAAGAGUAAUUUUAAGUUCCUUCAAAAGUAUUCCGACGAGGGUGUUAAAAUGAGGCUUCAAUCCUACUAUAAGUUUCUUUUUGUUCGAGAGCCUUUCGAAAGGCUUUUGUCAGCGUAUGAAAACAAGUUUGUAAAACGGCAAUGGCCAUGGCGUUAUAUUUGGAAGUUGGAGAAGGCCAUUUAUAAUAAAUUCAGUCACGUUGAUCCUAGCGCCGGCUGGAAUGUGACAUUCAAGAGAUUUGUUUAUUUCUUGAACGAUUUUGGAUUUAAUCGAGACGAGCAUUGGGCACCUUACAGACGACUUUGUUUCCCAUGUGACAUAGAAUACGAUUUUAUCGGCCAUUUCAAAGACAUGCCGGAAGAAGCUGCUUACGUACUAAAAAAAACUGGAAUGGAUAAAGAGGUUAUUUUUCCUGAGUUUGUAACCCACAAUACAACGGAUAAACUGCUCCAAAAAUAUGCACCAGUUCCCAGAGAGAAGAUUGCAGAACUGGCCAAGGCCUUUGAAGAAGACUUUGAAAUGUUUAAUUAUAAUUUCCCAGGGCCUCUUUCUAGCCUUAUGGAAGAUUAA